UACAUUUCCUACUGUAGACCCUGUAUCCAUAGAGUCGUUUAACUCGUGUGGAACAUAUGCAGGGUUUAAGUUAAAUUCUGAGUUAGUUAAACGGAAACUGAAGUAAAUAUUGGCCACUCGGAAGAUUAAAGUCAAGUGACGUAACUGUUUAUCUGGUUAUCAUCCAAUAGGAUCGUUGGGAUUACGUGACGUAUUUGACCAGGUUGGACUCAAAUGUUGGUGGACUAUCUUGAAGACAACGCUUGUCCAUUUAAAACUUUACCAUGGAUACGUCGCGGAGGUGGGGUGGGGCCGAUGCCCAGACUGACAAACAUGGCGGCAAAGUCAGAAAAAAUAACGUGGACAUGACACCGGAAAUAACGUCCAAGUACCUGCCACAGCUGCCCAGGUUUUUGACAGAGAAGUUGCCGGCUGGUAAGAAAGAUUCCAGUGGGUGUAUCAGGAAACAACAUGACCACGUGACCGUCUACCUGCUGGACGCUGACCUCUGGAACCGCUUCAGACAGGUUGGAACAGAGAUGAUCAUCACCAAGAAAGGCCGACGAGUUUUCCCCAUACCUACAUACGUUAUAUGUGAUCUUGACAAAGAUAAACUUUACAACGUUUAUAUAGAGCUCAAAUCAGUCGACAAUGCGGUCCACAAGUAUCUGAACGGUGAAUGGGUCGUGUCUAAGGAGGGCUCGAACCACUACCCCACGCCCGUCCCGGGGAGAGACAAGUACCUGCACCCCUUGUCCCCCAACAGUGGCGCCCGCUGGAUGCUGGAGCCUAUCUCAUUCUCGGGGCUCAAGAUCUCCAACAACAUGGAGGCGCUGGGAACCAUCGUCCUGCAGUCCAUGAGGCGGUACCAGAUGACCUUGACCGUCACAGAGCUAGGGGGCGCCAUGACGGUCAGCAUCCCCCAGCCAGAGACCCAGUUCGUGGCUGUGACCCAGUACCAAAACGAGAAGGUGACCCAGAUGAAAAUAGAACACAACCCGUUCGCUAACGGCUUCCGGUUCGCCAUCAGCAAAAAAGAAAUGGCCAAACGAAACAACUCUCAAUCACAGGAAGAAGACAGUGAAGAAAACGUGAGUCCAGUGAAUCUGCGGUCAUCUCCCGUAGGACUUUCUCCCUCAGGACCUGUUCCAAUAGGACAAUAUCCUACAGGACAUUGUCUCUCGGCGCCUUCUCCAAACGGGUCACCAAAACCCAAAGCGGUAAAACCAUCUGUCAAGCACAGCACUCACACGAACACCAGACGUGCUAUCGCUCACGACGGACAACACACCAGCCCAGGUGUGUUACAACACACUCCAGGUGGGCCGCCUUACUCACGUGAUCAGGGGGUGGGGUGGUCGAACCCCUACGGCGCUUUCUACACCCCGUACACGGGCUACCCCCUGGGGUAUAUGUACUCACCAUUAGCGGGGAAUCCCCUAGCGCAAGUCAGACACUUGGGUCAGAUGAAUGGGUCUGAUGAACCCGGGUCACCACUUUCUCUGGUCAAGGUUAAAAAGGAAGUCGACGAAACCGGAAGUGGACUCUGUGGUGAUAGAAUAAAUAAUUUAAGUGGUGACACUAAUGAAAGGUUGACGAAGGGUGAAAGUAAUAGAAUUGGUGACACAACAUGGAGUGGUGAGGCAAGGUUUAGUUACAGUUAUGAUACAAGUAGCAACAUUAGUAGUGAUAUCAGGGUUAAUGGUAUCACAUGUAGCAGGAUAAGUAGUGAUACAAAUAAAAGAAAUACCAAUGAGACAAUGUCUAGAGUAAGUGGUGAUACCAGGGUGAGCUGUGUCACCACCAAGCUAGCAUCGGACAUCACCACAACAAAAACCUGGACGGGCGAGUAUCCGAAGUAUCACCAGAGCAGUCACCAGCUGUGUCACCAGUGGGUGGCACCUGUAUCCAACGACCAGUCACCACCUGCAUCUAGUGAGCAGUCACCUUCUGUUACCAGCAACCAGUCACCACCUAUUCCCACCAUUAGAUCACCAUCUGUGUCACCGGAAGACCAUCAAGAAUUCCCAACAGACCUAAGGCAUAAACCAUGGCGGUCCCAUCAACCAAUCAACAACAGACACGACCUGCCUCCUGUAAGACCGGAAGUGACGUUAAAAAAUGGCGACAUUUGGGCCACUACACAUGAAGUUGUGGUUACUACUGACGGGAGACCAAUGUUCCCAUACAUCGCCCUGUCUGUAACCAAACUUGAUGCCACGAGAACGUAUGACGUCAGCCUGGAGCUGACCCCAGCCUCCCAGUGGCUGUACGACUAUCUGGACGACGAGUGGACGCCCUGUCAGGCGGCCCCAGCUGACCCCCGUCUGACGCCCUACCAGCACCCCGACAGCCCCAGGGGCGGGCAGGAGUGGGGGUCGGAGAUCACGUUUGAUAGGCUGCGGCUGAGCACGUCAAGACAAGGCAAAAAUCUGUUGAAAGUUGAGUUAAGGAGACAGUACUGCCCAGUGGUCACUCUUAGGACAGGUGAAUCUGUUUGGAAAUACCCGCUGAGAGACGCCAUUUUUAUUACAGUUAGCAUAGACAGAACGCCAAUGUUUCAGUUCCUGUAUGAAUCCACAUCGUCAAAUAAAGAAAGCAUCAAAAGGUCAUCAAAUGAUGCCCAGCUGAGAUCUUCACAUAGGAAACAAACAAAUCCCAAAAAGAUGCGAACAGAACUGUCCAAUGACGUCACAAGAUCUCCCCACAGUGCUAGUAGACCAGCGACCAGAUCACCGCCCAGGGUCGUGGGAUCUAAACCACCCGAGUCGGAUGACACAACACUCGGGGAAUGUUGUGUCCCCAGUGAGCCCCACCCCCCAGCAGACGAGGGAUGUGUAGACCUCUCCCACAAGACUCCCUCAGAUGUCGACUAUCAUCUCACCAGUCCCUGCAAUAUUGUUACGUCCCUUGCCAGUCCUUGCAACCCAGUUACGUCCCUUACUAGUCCCUACAAUACAAUUACGUCCCCUGUAAUUAAAGACUGCAUCAGCGACGAGGCUUUGACUGAUUUCAAUCCUGCCAUUGUCAUUACACAGUCGAUGGAUUCAUCACUCAGCCAGCCUAGGACAAGGUUGCCAUUGUCCUACAGGGACUUUAAUUUCAGAAAUGUGACAGAUAUGUGUUGCAAGUCUAGAGAGGAUAACUCUGCAAGACACAAGAUAGAUAACUCUACAUUGCAGGGUGCUGAUAACUCCAUACAAAGCACGGACGAUAACAAUCUAAUUCACACUACAGGGGACUUAAGCGAUGAAAAACCUUUAAUCAAACAUACCAUGCGCUAUCUUGAUUCUUACUGGUAUGACACGAACCUUCACCCUGAGAAAAACGAAUUUCACCCUCCAAUCAACGACCUUCACUCUCGGUCUAACGACCUUCACCCUAACCAUGAUGACCUUCAUCGCCAGCCUGAAGAUGAACACAACUAAGACCUCAUGAACUUGUUGCCAUUUAUUUCUACCUCAUACAUAACAUAA